UAGAAGUGAUUGCAAAUAAUAUAAGAUAUUUGAAUUGCAAAAAUUUAAAUUUUCAUUUGCCAAUGAUGGGAUUUAGAGAUUGUCAUUGUUUUAAAUGUAUCAUUGAACAUCAUGUUCAGUUACGAAGAAACUUGAAAAUUAUCCAGGAUACAUUUAAUGUUACCAUGUUGAUGCAGUUCACUAGCAAUGUAAUAGUUUUAUGUAUUCAAGGUUACACUAUUGUAAAAGCAAUGUCUGAUGGAAACCUUUUUGGCCUAAUCAGUUACAUUCUUUAUAUUUUCUUCUCUACAUUUAAUGUUUUCAUGUACUGUAGUCUUGGAGAACGUGUAAUUCAAAAGAGUGUAUCUAUUAGUCGUGAAAUAUAUGAAAUGAGAUGGUAUCGUAUGGACAUAAAAUAUAGACGAUUGUUAAUUAUAAUUAUUAACCGUUCAAAUAAGCCAUUUGAACUUAAGGCAGGACAUUUUUUUACCAUGUGCUUGGCUACUUAUAAAGGUAUAAUCGUGACAGCAUUUUCGUAUGCCUCUUGUCUCCUGGCAUUAAGUGAAAAAUAAAUUUAUUUUUUUUUUAAAUAAAAACAAAUAUAUUUAAUUGUAAAAAUUACGAACAUUUAAUUUAAUAAAAU